GUUCCAAGUCCAUCCUCAAAUCGCCACACACGUGUGCAUGAGGAGGCACGCGGCGAUGCUCGCCGUUCCCGGAAUGCAGCAGCAGCCACCAACACACCAACCCCCCACACAACAGACGCCGCAACCAAUCAAUUGAAACCCUCCUCCCCUCGGCUACCUUACAACACACCCUCCCGCCCUCCCGCCCAUCGCACCACCAAGAAACGCAUUCAAAUCACUCACUGACUCGGUCACUCCUCGUCUCUGUGGUCCCCCUUGUCGGCCUCUCUGGCCCCCCCACGGCCGAUCCCGCCAGGCCGCAGCACCUUGCCCCUGCCCCACCCACCACCAAGACCAACAGGGCGUGGCGGGGGCGGUGCGCCGAGGGCGUGUUUGGCCGAGCUGGGCGGCGUCGGCUCGGCCUCAUUGUGGGUGUCGAAGGAGGCCAGGCGGUUCGGACGGUUGAACGGCGGCUGUUUGCGGUCGGGGGGAGGGCGUCUGCCCUCUCCCUCUCCCUCUCGCCAGCCGCCCCCCACCCUCUCGCCGCGUGGAAACCGCCCCCCGCCGCCGCCGUAUGGCCGCUGUCCGCCGAUGUUGUUGUCGCGCAUCAUGUCGCGGGCUCGGCGGUCGUCGUCGAGUGUCUCUCUGGGCGGGAGCUCGAUGCCGCCUGGCGGGAUGGGGGGCUCGUUGUCGCCGUGUUUGGGGGGCGUGGGGGUGGGGCGGCUGCGGUUGUCCUUGACAGAGGCCAGACCCAGAGACCUGAAGGCGAGCAGGGGUGGAGAAACGUGUGAAUGUGUGUGGGCUCCCCGUGUGCCUGUCUAUGGCUGGUGUGCAUUGCAUACUUGGAGUGCUCUCGCCAGUCGAUGGCGAAGCUGUCGCCCAGACGAAGCACGCGCUUCAGCGCCUCGCUGAUGACACACACAGACACAGACAGUGAGAUGCCUUCCACAGACCAUGUGCAUGCGUAUGUAUCUCGCAGCCCCUCUCACACACAUGAGUUGGUCGCGGACUUCCGGCGUCUUGCUCUUGUGCCACAGAGACAACGAGUCCUCCUGAAUCGAUGGGAAACAGACACCACAGCAGGCAGGUCCACAGGCGUGUUUGUGUGUGUCGGGUGGUUGGCUGGCUGUCGUGCUCACCCCGCGGCGCACAGAGAUGACGGCCCCGCAGAUCUCGUCGGGGUCCUCCGUCUGGAACUGCUCACCGAUCAACGCCAACACCUGCAAAUGCCGCCCCCACACACAUGCACAGAAGCCAUCCGGCCGUCUCACUGUAUCGCCGACUGACCAUGUCCUCCCAGAUGGCCGCAGUGAUGUCCUUGGGCACUUUGACGAUCAAACGACCACCUGCACACACAGGUGAAGGGCAAUGACGGGGCCAUGAGAGAGAGUGUGUGCGGCAGGUACCCUCUCUGUUUUCGGCGUCUUCCCAUGAGGGGACGACGCCCUCACGGAACAGAUGGUAGUCUAAACACACACACACACAGGCAGGCAGGCGGGCAGGCAGAGAAAAACGCGUGUGUUGUGUCGGUGCAUGUGUGUGUUUCCCCACACAGCCACCCACCCGAUCUGUGAGCCAUGCGAUCAGCCUUGCGGAUGCGAUUGUACACAAACCAAAACUGCUCUACCUGACAAACACACACACACACACACCAGACACAGACACAGACACACACCAGACACAUCAGACAGACGACACGCAGGGCACCCACCCCCUCAGCUCAGUGCCUCACCGACCGUGUCGAAGGUGUAGUAUUCGUGGAGUGCGUCCCGCCAGUUGGCGGGGUUCUUGUUGCCCGUCUUGGUGAACCACAAGCACCACGCACGGUGCAGCUUGUGGUGGCUCGACUUGUCGCCCAAAUCCUUCACCGGCGGACGCCAACCGUCCUGUUUCCCACACACAGACACAGUAUGCACCGCACCCAUACGUCAGUCACAUGUCAUGUGUUGCAUGUGUGUCGUGGCCAUUAAUGCAUUCCAUUGCGUUGCACUGAACUGACCUCUUCCUCUUCGUUUGGUGCGGGGUGCGGCCCGGGCGAUGGCGAAGGGCGGCGAUUGAUGCGCUGACCCCCACGCAUCACAGGGCCGUUUCGACGGUCCAUGGGCGGCUCCCGCUCCCUCUCCCUGUCGCGAUGGUCACGGGGCAGCCCGUCCCUCUCCCUCUCCCUCUCCACCCGGUCUCUGUCACGAUCUCGGUCACGGCCGUAGCUAUCCCGGUCGUGCCGCUCACGGUCACGAUCUCUGGGCGGCACAUCUCUCUCGCGCUCCCUGGGCCCGACCUCCUGCAGACAGACAGACAGACAGGCGUCCAUCCCUUGGUGUAGGGCUCCGUAUCUGUGAGAGCACGGGGGCGCUGUGCUGUGUGUCCACCACACCUGCUGUUGCCCUCCGCCCCCUCCUCGCAGGUCGUCAGGGCGGCUGAACCGGUCCCUCUCUCGCACAUCGUCAGGGUGGAACCGGCCUCCACCACCACCACGGUCUCUGUCCCUCUCACGGUCCCUAUCCCUGUCCCUUUCCCUGUCACGAUCUCGGUCUCGCUCACCACGCGGCGGGAAAUCUCUCGGCGAGUGCUCCAUGGUCACCUCCUCCCUCAUCUCCCGCCUGCGCGCCGGCCGCGAGCGGCCAGCGAUGUGCCAGCCGGCGUUGCCUCGCGCGUCGUGAUCGGGCGAUUGGUCACCCAUGGGUUGGGAUGAUGCGACGAGGCGACGGAGCGGGAGCGACGGCUGCAGCGGGGAGAUGAGGCUUGUCGGAUGGUGCGGAGGCGUCUUUCGGCUCUCAGCUUCGUUGCAGCGGGGGGAAACGGGAAAACACAGCCGAGAAAAAGGGGAGCUUCUUUCCG